UAUGGGUGGGGAAAACAAUGUGAUCCCACCACCCUGUGCUAAAUUGCCUUAAUUUCUAACGGGCGUACAGAGGGGGCCAUAAAUCCAGAAGCGCGGCGCCUGAGAGAAGACCACUCACUCAGCUACCAUGCCCGGAGUUCUCGUGAGCGCGCACUGGCACAGCAGAAUGCUUCGAGCGAACUUAUGCGCGCAAUGAAUCCUUUGAACGAGACUGGGACUGAGACACGCGCGGAGAAUUAUCUUUUCGCCGUCGGGACGUACAAACUUCUUGCCUUCGCCAUCGGCACCAUUGGCGUGCUGGGCUUCUGCAACAACGUCGUGGUUAUCAUACUUUACUACAAAUUCAAGAGACUGCGAACGCCCACCAAUCUGCUGCUGGUCAACAUCAGCGUGAGUGACCUCCUGGUGUCCGUCAUUGGGGUUAACUUCACCUUCGUCUCGUGCGUAAAGCGAGGAUGGGUAUGGGACGCCGCCACCUGCGUUUGGGAUGGAUUCAGCAACAGCUUAUUCGGUAUUGUGUCCAUCAUGACACUCUCUGCCCUGGCAUAUGAACGCUACAUUAGAGUGGUACAUGCCAAGGUCAUAGACUUCCCCUGGGCCUGGAGGGCCAUCACCCACAUCUGGCUUUACGCACUGGCCUGGACUGGUGCUCCUCUGCUGGGCUGGAACAGGUACACGCUAGAGGUCCACCAACUGGGCUGUUCCCUGGACUGGGCAUCUAAAGACCCUAAUGAUGCAUCCUUCAUCCUGUUCUUCCUCCUUGGCUGCUUCUUCAUCCCUGUGGGGGUCAUGACCUACUGCUAUGGGAAUAUUUUGUACACUGUACACAUGCUGCGGUCCAUUGAGGACCUGCAAACAGUGCAGAUUAUUAAGAUCCUGCGUUAUGAGAAGAAGGUGGCAGCCAUGUUCCUGCUGAUGAUUUUCUGUUACCUGCUGUGCUGGACGCCCUACGCUGUGGUCUCCAUGCUGGAGGCUUUUGGCAAGCAGAGCAUGGUUUCCCCUACCGUCGCCAUUAUCCCCUCCUUCUUCGCCAAGUCCAGCACGGCCUACAACCCUGUUAUAUAUGCCUUCAUGAGCAGGAAGUUUCGACGUUGCAUGCUGCAGCUGCUGUGCUCUCGCCUGGCUCGCCUGCAGCGCAGCAUCAAGGACCGUCCCCUGACCUGUGCUGACCGGCCCAUUCGGCCCAUUGUGAUGUCACAGAGCCGUGAUGAGCGGCCCAAGAAGCGAGUGACCUUCAACUCCUCCUCUAUUGUCUUCAUCAUCACCAGCAAUGACACGCACCCUCUGGACAUCAGCACUAAAUGCAGUGAGGUACCACAGGUCAAUGUCAUCCAAGUGCGCCCCAUCUGAC